AUGGGUAGUGUUUCUUGAGCCACAAUGCAAAAUGGCAGUUUGUGCGAGGUUUUGUGAAAUUGCAACUGCUCAUUUGUAUCAUUUUUGGCAAUGAAUUUAACAGUGAAGCAUUGUGGAAAUGAAACUUUAUGAGAGCAUUUAAGUCGCGCAAUCGAAGGUGCUGCCGUAAUGUUGUUGCCUUUAAAGUUUACGAUUAUUAGUGUCGAAAGUUCUUUACGUCCAAUGCACAGGUGAUAAAGUGUUGUGAAAAAAAAAAAUAUUAGUGAUAUGGUGUGUUGUGAAAAGUGAUUGUUUUAAAAGUUAAAAGCAAAAGGAUUAUGGAAACUCCAUGGCAGCACUUUGGAAUCUAUUUGGGAUUAACGUUCCUUGACUGCUGCGUUGCUUAUCCCAUCGACUUCAGUUCCUCAGGCCAGGAUGCCGGCUGGAGCACCGUGCUUCUGGCCGCGGUCUUCUCCGUGUGCUCCGUGCUGCUGCUGGGCUGCCUGUGCUGCCGCGCCGACAAGGGCUUCCAGGAGUUCUCGGACAGCACGUCCAGCCACAGCGUGUCGGCGGCGGCUGUGGCCGGCUCGAGCGCCGAGCUGACCGUGUUCCCGCCCCCCGCGGUGCGCUUCGAGCCGCUGCCCGCGGUCCCGGGGCGCCGCCCCCCGGCGCUGAGCGCGGCGCUGCGCCCCGGCCCGGACCUCACGGCGCGCGACUGGUUCCAGGCCCCGCACGCCAACUUCCCGCGCCACCAGCUCAAGUACGUGCGUGAGCUGGGUCGCGGCUGGUUCGGCCGGGUGGUGGCGGGCGAGGCGCAGGGCCUGGCCGGCGGGGAGCCCACCUGCUCCGUGGUGGUGAAGAUCCUGCACGAGGACGCCACGGCCACGGACCAGAUGUUGUUCCUGCACGAGGCGCGGCCGUACCGCGACCUGCGCCACCCCAACGUGCUGCGGCUGGCCGGGCGCUGCCUGGAGACGGAGCCCUUCCUGCUGGUGCUGGAGGCCUGCCCCGGCGGAGACCUGAAGAGCUUCCUCACCACCAACGCAGCGACGGCGGACGCCCUGAACCAGCAGGGAGUCACGCUGCAGAUGGCGUGCCACAUCGCCGCCGGGCUGCACCACAUGCUGGACCAGGGCUUCGUGCACACGGACCUGGCCGCUCGCAACUGCCUGGUUGCCUCCGACCUCACGGUGAAGAUAGGCGACUACGGCAUCGGCAUAGAGACGUACAAGGAGGACUACUACUGCGCGGGCGACGUGGCCCUGCCCAUACGCUGGUGCGCGCCCGAGACGCUGCACUGCACGGACACUACCAUCGAGACCAAGGAGGUGACGGCGAGCGCCAACGUGUGGAGCCUGGGCGUGGUGCUGUGGGAGAUCUGCCAGUUCGGGCGGCUGCCCUACGCCGAGCUGACGGACGAGGAGGUCAUAGUGCAGGUGCUGGGGGAGCUGUCUCGCCGCCUGCCCUUGCCCUCCCUGCCCAGCCCGCACAGACACAACCUGUACCAGCUGAUGAAGCAGUGCUGGAGUCCCGAGCCUCAGAGGCCCGUCCUGGGACAAGUCCUGCGCAUGCUGAACCACCUGUAUGCCAGCCGAGAGCGCCACAAGCGGGACGGAGACAACUCCAGCCUCGGCACGGACGAGGACUUUGAGCGGCGCUGGGAGCUCUUCAAACCCAACACCAUCCCCAAGACGGACAACCACGUGACCCCUCAGGCGAGCGUCUCCGCAGUCCAGUCGCCGGUGAGGGACUCUGAGAUGUCGGCGGGGCAUCGGGAGCUGGUGCUCGGCAAGUUCCGGAGCGCGGACGCCUUGUUACCGGACUUCGGGGACCGAGCGUCCGUCGGCAACUCGUCCCGACGAGACUCCGAGAACCUGGGCAGUGCGACGCCCCAGACCACCUCCCCGCAGCCAUCUUUGUCGAGCAGCACGGGCGGCGAGUUCUUCCUGCCGAACAUUCACAACUGCCACAAGUCCCCAAGCUUGCAGAACUUACGAGGUUCCAUAGACGACUUGAGCGAAGGGUUGUCCGAUGCACGUAAGUUGGGAGAGACGGAUAGCCUCGCCGAAGAAAUCGAUGGCCAAAAUUUAGAAAUCACGGAAGAAAGUACGGAAAUAGAAACCGCCUCGGAACAGGAAUUCGACUCUUGGCUCAAAGGAGUGAGCACCACGAACGAAGAAGAUGCCAAGUUCGUGCGUAAGGUUUCGGAAGCGAUCAGAGAUCUGGAUGAUGCGUUGGCGCUGGAGAAGACGUCGUCCUCGUCUUCCGACUCGUCGAGCAAGUGUGCCUCGAACCACUCCACUCCCGUGAAGCAGGCGGUCGCCGCGGACCAGAACAUGGUGCUGGACUUCAGGCUCGGCGGAGAGCGCCUCGAGGGAGCGGUCCAGCCCGACAGCCUCCAGGAAGACAGUCUGUCCGACCGGCAGCGCAGGGCCAGCCGCGGCACGGACUCGGGCACCGACACGGAGGACGAGACCUGGAGGAGGAGGGUGGAGCAGGGGGAGUUCACCAAGAAGGUGAAGGAGAAGUCGAAGAGCGUGGCGGACCUGAUGGUGCUGACUCACAUAGAGUGCAGCGACGGCAGCGACUCGGACACGCCGUCGCUGGCGCGGAGCUUCGAGAGGGGCUCGUACCGCAGGAGCUCUCUGAGGAGGCAGAGGAGCGUCCCGACCAGGACGCUGAAGGCCUUCCCUGGCGCGAUGUAUGGCAGCGACGGUGACCUUCACGGAGCCGUGCUGUGCCAGGAGUUCCGCAACGCGCUGGACAAGAUGCGUGCUGCGCGGGGCACGAGCUGCUCGGAGGAAACCUUGUUGUAUUCUUCUCCUGGGGAGCAAUCGCCCGCGAGGAGGACCGACCUGAUUGGAAACGGUAAUAGCAAAAAUGCCUCAAAUCAUAAAGAUGGUAAUUUUUUAUCCUUUGAUGCCUCGGACAAAGUUUCUCAAAGUGCAAACGUAGUAAACGCAGAAUCUCAGACUGGUGUAGUACCUUCAAGCGAGGGAAAUGUUUUAGACUUAAAACCUGUAAGUGAAGUGCUUGAUAGUGACAAUGUUGUCCCUGUGUGUAGUUCUGGUUUGGACAGUGAUUUUUCAAAGUCUGUGUGUACGAACAAAACGUAUAUAGUCCACGAGAUUAGACCUGACUGUGAAGUUGCAUCACAAGUAGCGUCCAACGUAGAAGAUAAAAUAAGAAAAAAUGGUGCCAGUUUACCAGUCAAUGAAUUCCAUAAAGUUAAUAAUUCUGAAUCAGAUACAGCAGUUGAUGUAAUAUUGAAUAAUGGUUUAUUAAAUGGGAGCAAAGUAAAGUUGAGUGAUGGACAUGUGUUGUCAUCCAGUCAGUUUGCAACAAGCACACCAAUGCCAAAGCCAAACAAGACAAAUGAAUUCACCAUCAACAUGGAUCCAGUUGUGUUGCCAUUCCCAGAGGAAGACUUUCCAGCUUUGGAAGAAAGUGUGCUCAGUGACAAAAACAACAUAUCAGGCAUAGAGUCAGCCGGAACCUCAAUGUGCGACUUUGCGACAAAUUCUGAGUCAUUUGAAGCGACUUGUGAGCCAUUUAAAUUUAAACCUGUCAUUGAAGAAAAGGCUCAAAAAGUAGUUGCACCAAACCACACUGUUAACUUUAAAAUUGGUGAAUCAGAUGAUGCUCAAGAUAAUCGUAAACUAGCUUCUGUUGUAUUAGGUCCCUGUGAAGAUUACACCUUAGAUUAUUUCAAAGGUUUGAAAACUUCAUUUGAAGAUCAGAACAGAAUGUUCUCCAGCCUUGAUUUUGUUGCAAAAAAUGACUUUGAAAACUGUGGUGAUGGUGAUUUUAUUACAGAUGUAGAUUAUUCUAUUGACCCGUGGGAUAAAUACAUGGAAAUUGAUAAUGCAUGUGGAAAUGAAAGUCCUAUGUUUACUAGUAAUUUUCAAGGUAAUAGUUUUGCACCAUUUGAAGUGAAUAAAUCACUUAGUAAUAAUAUUUCUGAUAUUCCUAAGUUAAAUAUGUACAGCAAGAAUAUAGUGCCUGAAAACAAUAUAGUAUCUUGUUUAAAUGAAGACUGCAAUACUCUAGAACACUUCGGGGAAAAACAUCAAGAUGUAGAACAUACCUCUGGGUUGAUUACAGACAACAGGAAUGAUAACGAAAAUUGUAGAUCUGAGUUAACACUCCAAAAUGGAUUUACUGACAAAAAUAAUUAUAUUCCUAGUGCUGUCACUAGUAUCAUAGAUGGAAAUGAUGUUGAAACUGGAAAUAUUGUAGUACUUUGCUCGAAAGAUGCUAGUCCCUCAGAUCUGUCGAUUGAAGUACACGAGUCCUGUGCUGCUGGGGAAGAGCUGUCUGUGGCACCAGUUGACCGGGGCCUCCACGAAGACCUCGGCUGGAACUGUGAUGUGCAAAGGCAGUUGAACUCGGCAGACAGUAAAUUGACACUGCCCAGCGUGAACCUGAUAGCAGCCACGCCGGUGACUUCAGGCCGGAACAGCCCAGAGGUGCCGUGCGUGGAGCAAGUGUGGCAAACAGAUCUUGGUUCUGUGACUGCAUCUGACGAAGGCAAGCACGUAGCCAGUGAUGGAGGGAGUGUCUUCACCAACUCAUCUGGAGAGUUCGUUCCCACUAGACAUAAAGUUCCUCUAGAACUUGGUAGCAGUCAUUCAGAUGAUGUCUGCUCUCCUAAUACUGCAUCGGAGAACUGUUGUAAAUAUGUGUCGGAUGCAGUUGAAAUUGACGUUGUAGUUGAUGAUGGUUCAGAAAAACAGGGUGAUGUGAAGAAUGUUCAGACUCCAGACUUGCAGACAUCACACAAUAUUAAGGAACAGAUCUCAUCGUGUCCAUUAUCGCCUCGAAUGGGGGAAAAGGCAAGGCUGGAAACGUGUGACAGUUCAGGCACCGAGGACUCUGCGUUCGACUUCCCGCGCAGCGACGACGUGAGCAGUGCUUCGAGCCACUGCAGGGACGCCCUGUUCGAUCGACCCGAGUUCUGGGAGGGCAAGGGAGAUGCAGCCACCGUGCCGGGAGUGAAGAUAAGCGUGGAAAGCUUCCAGGGAGAGUACCAGAUCAACAGGUGCGAAGUGGGAGCACAGCUAGACGAGGACGGCGAUGAAGAAUUCGGCCUGGACAUUGCGAAGCACUCGACGCCCGACGACGAGCGAAGCAGUGACUCCGGCUUCCGGGACAAGGGGAGCCUGAGUGAAAGCUGUGAGGAUGCGUGUGAUGAGAAGUACCAUCUGGAAGAUAUCGAGGCUGAACUAGAGGAAACGUUCAAUCGGGGAGGGUUUGCGUACGUGGGGCGUGGAGAGGAGGACGAGGAGGAGGAGCAGUGUGGUCACGAGGAGUGCGCGGCCAGCCAGUCGUCGCGCGAAGACCUCGUGUGCAGCGUGCUCCUGUCGGACUCCAACAGCACGGUGCAGAUAGUGCUGUCGGAGCAAGACGACCGAAGCCUGCAGUUCUGUGACAGUAACGAGGACAGUCUGGAGGGAACCAUACUUGCCACACCCGGUCAGAACGAUGAAGUUGACAGCUCUCUGAUUCUUUCCUUCAUAGCAUCUGAGCAGAAGCACACAGAGCUCGCAUCCUCUUGCGUGGAAGAUAAGAGUAUUGGUCAAGAAGAAACACAGCCAAACGAAGCAUCUUGGGACGAGACGUACGUGGUUUCGACGGCAGGCAGCGGCUGGUAUCUGCAUCCUCCUUGCGAUGACACUAGGCAGGAUGGCCAGACUGAUGAUGGCGAUGAGCUGCCAGGCCAUUCGAGUCCGAAGAGUUCCAGUUCGACGGGCUCCAAGUGUGAUGACGGCAACAACAGCGACAACAGUUACGUGUCCUUCAGUCUGGACGAGGAAUUCGUGACUGCCAUCCGCAACGAGCUGCGGGAGAAGUUGUCGUGCGGGCUGCAGCACAGCGAGAGCGAGGGCAGCGAGGCGGAGGAGGAGGAGGAUGACGAGGCAGACGAGGAAGACGAGGACCUGGUGGUAGACUCGGACGACGACGUGCCGCAAGAGGAGAGGACGGACAUCACGAUCCACUACAACACGUAUCCGGCCUCCUUGUCUCCCAUCUUGGAGGAAGGUGAGAGCAUGAGCUCGUUGACCACGACUCUGAGUGACCAGUUCUCUCCCUUCCUGACCAACACUGUCGUUCACGUGGAUGACGUGCACGAGGGCCCUGUGUUUGUUCUGGAUCUGAACAAGGAUGCUGUGGGCCUGAGCGUCGAGCAGUUCGAGGCGGAGAUCCGCGAAGCCCUGGCCAACUGCAGCCUCAGCAGCGAGGACACGGACAGUAGCGGGGCCAAGGCAGCCGGCAGUGGCGUGCUCGUGGAAGAUCUGGAUCCUCAAGCAGACAACUCAACAGUCCUUGUCCAUGACACUGCCAAGCCCCCAGAAGAAGACGACCUGUUGUUGGUUGAUGUGGAGACUAACAAGGCUGUCCUCUUGGAGAGUCCCACUCCAAAAUCACAUUUGGCUUUUAUACAAAAUAAAAAGAUUCUAGUGGUUACCAAUAGUUCCCCAAGUUUAACUUCUAGUGAUAGUGUAGAAAACGUGUCAAAUCAAGGCACUUGUGUUCUUGGUGGUGACAAAUUUUACUGCAAUAAUCUCCUUUCAAUUGACAUAAAUCAGUCACCCAAAAAUGAAGAAAUUUUUACUCCAGACAGUAUUUCGCCAGAUGUAGGCUCUAUUUCCCCAGACUCCACGGCCGAAAUCAUCACCCCAAACACAGACAACCUGUCUGAUUAUUUUCUAACACCAGAUACAUCAGCCGUCAGCAGGGAAGACACACUUGGUAUUAUGGAGCCUGUUGAUUCUAGACAGAUUGAAAAUGAGGUGUCAGAUAAGGUUGAAGAAAUACAUACCUGCAUACCAAACAACGAAGCUGCUGAAAUUAUUUCAGAGCUGGAAAAUAGAGGUUUUGUUUCUUCAAAAGAAAAGAUAAGUUGGGAUGUGGUAGAUAAUACCAAACCUAACAUUCAAAAUCUGCCCUCAUCUUCAGACAGUGAACACGUUGAAAUGCUAUCGCUGGAAAGUAGCUGGAGUUCCUCUGAAGUAGCCAGCCAGAAGCUGUCAGAGCUAGAUUCCUCCAUGCUGGGGACUGACUCAAAUGACUCAAGCCACCCGUCUCCUGAUGGGUGGCCUAACGAGGCGAGAGACCAGAGCAGGGACUGGAGCAAGCCAAGCCCCGAGGCAGCUCUGCAAAGCACCAAGGCCCCCAUGCCGUCUCCUGAGGAGGUGGCGAGAGACCAGGGCAGGGACUGGAGCAAGCCGAGCCCCGAGGCAGUGCUGCUGAGCACCAAGGCUCCCAUGCCGUCACCUGAGGAGGUGGCGAGAGACCAGAGCAGGGACUGGAGCAAGCCGAGCCCCGAGGCAGUGCUGCUGAGCACCAAGGCUCCCAUGCCGUCGCCUGAGGAGGUGGCGAGAGACCAGAGCAGGGACAGGAGCAAGCCGAGCCCCGAGGCAGUGCUGCUGAGCACCAAGGCUCCCAUGCCGUCACCUGAGGAGGUGGCGAGAGACCAGAGCAGGGACUGGAGCAAGCCGAGCCCCGAGGCAGUGCUGCUGAGCACCAAGGCCCCCAUGACGUCACCUGAGGAGGUGGCGAGAGACCAGAGCAGGGACUGGAGCAAGCCGAGCCCCGAGGCAGUGCUGCUGAGCACCAAGGCCCCCAUGCCGUCGCCUGAGGAGGUGGCGAGAGACCAGAGCAGGGACUGGAGCAAGCCGAGCCCCGAGGCAGUGCUGCUGAGCACCAAGGCCCCCAUGCCGUCACCUGAGGAGAUGGCGAGAGACCAGAGCAGGGACUGGAGCAAGCCGAGCCCCGAGGCAGUGCUGCUGAGCACCAAGGCCCCCAUGCCGUCACCUGAGGAGAUGGCAAGAGACCAGAGCAGGGACUGGAGCAAAACGAGCCCCGAGGCAGUGCUGCUGAGCACCAAGGCCCCCAUGCCGUCACCUGAGGAGGUGGCGAGAGACCAGAGCAGGGACUGGAGCAUAUCGAGCCCCGAGGCAGUGCUGCUGAGCACCAAGGCCCCCAUGCCGUCGCCUGAGGAGGUGGCGAGAGACCAGAGCAGGGACUGGAGCAAGCCGAGCCCCGAGGCAGUGCUGCUGAGCACCAAGGCCCCCAUGCCGUCACCUGAGGAGAUGGCGAGAGACCAGAGCAGGGACUGGAGCAAGCCGAGCCCCGAGGCAGUGCUGCUGAGCACCAAGGCCCCCAUGCCGUCGCCUGAGGAGGUGGCGAGAGACCAGAGCAGGGACUGGAGCAAGCCGAGCCCCGAGGCAGUGCUGCUGAGCACCAAGGCCCCCAUGCCGUCACCUGAGGAGAUGGCGAGAGACCAGAGCAGGGACUGGAGCAAGCCGAGCCCCGAGGCAGUGCUGCUGAGCACCAAGGCCCCCAUGCCGUCACCUGAGGAGAUGGCGAGAGACCAGAGCAGGGACUGGAGCAAGCCGAGCCCCGAGGCAGUGCUGCUGAGCACCAAGGCCCCCAUGCCGUCGCCCGAGGAGAUGGCGAGAGACCAGAGCAGGGACUGGAGCAAAACGAGCCCCGAGGCAGUGCUGCUGAGCACCAAGGCUCCCAUGCCGUCGCCUGAGGAGGUGGCGAGAGACCAGGGCAGGGACUGGAGCAAGCCGAGCCCCGAGGCAGUGCUGCUGAGCACCAAGGCUCCCAUGCCGUCGCCUGAGGAGGUGGCGAGAGACCAGAGCAGGGACUGGAGCAAGCCGAGCCCCGAGGCAGUGCUGCUGAGCACCAAGGCUCCCAUGCCGUUGCCUGAGGAGGUGGCGAGAGACCAGAGCAGGGACUGGAGCAAAACGAGCCCCGAGGCAGUGCUGCUGAGCACCAAGGCUCCCAUGCCGUCGCCUGAGGAGGUGGCGAGAGACCAGAGCAGGGACUGGAGCAAGCCGAGCCCCGAGGCAGUGCUGCUGAGCACCAAGGCUCCCAUGCCGUCGCCUGAGGAGGUGGCGAGAGACCAGAGCAGGGACUGGAGCAAAACGAGCCCCGAGGCAGUGCUGCUGAGCACCAAGGCUCCCAUGCCGUCGCCUGAGGAGGUGGUGAGAGACCAGAGCAGGGACUGGAGCAAGCCGAGCCCCGAGGCAGUGCUGCUGAGCACCAAGGCCCCCAUGCCGUCACCUGAGGAGGUGGCGAGAGACCAGAGCAGGGACUGGAGCAAGCCGAGCCCCGAGGCAGUGCUGCUGAGCACCAAGGCUCCCAUGCCGUCACCUGAGGAGGUGGCGAGAAACCAGAGCAGGGACUGGAGCAAGCCGAGCCCCGAGGCAGUGCUGCUGAGCACCAAGGCCCCCAUGCCGUCGCCUGAGGAGAUGGCGAGAGACCAGAGCAGGGACUGGAGCAAGCCGAGCCCCGAGGCAGUGCUGCUGAGCACCAAGGCCCCCAUGCCGUCACCGGAGGAGAUGGCGAGAGACCAGAGCAGGGACUGGAGCAAGCCGAGCCCCGAGGCAGUGCUGCUGAGCACCAAGGCCCCCAUGCCGUCACCCGAGGAGAUGGCGAGAGACCAGAGCAGGGACUGGAGCAAGCCGAGCCCCGAGGCAGUGCUGCUGAGCACCAAGGCCCCCAUGCCGUCGCCCGAGGAGAUGGCGAGAGACCAGAGCAGGGACUGGAGCAAGCCGAGCCCCGAGGCAGUGCUGCUGAGCACCAAGGCCCCCAUGCCGUCGCCCGAGGAGAUGGCGAGAGACCAGAGCAGGGACUGGAGCAAGCCGAGCCCCGAGGCAGUGCUGCUGAGCACCAAGGCCCCCAUGCCGUCACCCGAGGAGAUGGCGAGAGACCAGAGCAGGGACUGGAGCAAGCCGAGCCCCGAGGCAGUGCUGCUGAGCACCAAGGCCCCCAUGCCGUCGCCCGAGGAGAUGGCGAGAGACCAGAGCAGGGACUGGAGCAAGCCGAGCCCCGAGGCAGUGCUGCUGAGCACCAAGGCCCCCAUGCCGUCGCCCGAGGAGAUGGCGAGAGACCAGAGCAGGGACUGGAGCAAGCCGAGCCCCGAGGCAGUGCUGCUGAGCACCAAGGCCCCCAUGCCGUCACCCGAGGAGGAGGCAUGGAAGAAGAUCCCGUCGGUGCUGGCUCUGUCGGAGCUGAGCGACAUGAUGACUCGCUGCGGCCCGGAGGAGAGCCCGAGCCAUCCGUACUGCCGCGACGACGACGACCUCAUGUCCACGUCCUUCAGCACCCGGGACGACUGCUACACGCCCGACUGCUACACGCCAGACUGGGAGAGCGAGUCGGAGGACACCAACGAGGAAGACAACUCUUCCUCCAGCGGCGAGUUCAUCUGGAAGGACGGGGAGCGAGGCGAAAGCGUGGACGCCGCCAGGGCCUCUGUGUCGCCCUCCGCCGGCAAGGUGUACGAGGGCGCUGGGGAGUUCCCCAUGGAGGCCAUCGCGGAGGAGGAGGAGGACGCAGACGACGCAGACGACGCAGACGAGAGCUGCAGCUCGGGCAGCGGCACGGAGUUCGUCCCCUCGGCGUGGGACAGCCGUGCCGCGCCGGGCCGCUCCGCGCUGCGCAGCCCCGACAAGAAGUCGGAGCACAAGAAGAGUGUGUCGUUCAAGAGGCAGAAGUACCACUGUGUGUACGAGUAUCCGCGGGAGAUCAGCGACUCCGAGACGGAGACGCAGGACUGCCAACACUGGAACAGGUUCACGCCUCAGUUCGACUACUCCAGCUACGCAGACUGGGAGCUGGACGCAGACGUGGCGGAGAUGGUCCAGGAGGCAGAGAGCGACCCCGACGCUGCCGACUGCCGUGUGCCGCAGCAGUUUGACUUCUACAAGCUGAGCAGCGUGGACUACGAGCUGGGCCCCGGCGCGGAAGGAGCGACGGAGGGGGAAGAGACGGGGGAGGGGCGCCCGGCGCUGGGCGAGCUGCGCCACACGCGCGACCGCCUCACGCUGGACCUGGGCGCGGCCGGCAAGCGCGCGGGGCUGGAGCCCGUGCAGGGCGAGGCGUCGCUGCUGGACAGCGGCAUCGAGUCCGGCAGCGGCACGCACAGCGCACGGACCCUGCAGGCCGCGCUCGAGAGCGCGUCCUGAGCCGGUGGUGAACAACUGCCCUCUCUCAUGUGCGGUGUGCCGUCGUCGUCGGCUCAAUAUUCCUCCGGUCCCAUUGUGUAGCAACUACAAGAAGUAUCUGCCUUAACAUUAUACAAUAUGCCGGUCGUGUGCUGGUUGGCCUGGAAAUUGUUUUUAUUGUAUAUAGUUGUUAAAUUUUGUUUGUUUUUUUUUUCUUGGUUUGUACCGAGUAUUUUUCUACUGGACGGUGUGUUAACAUAUCUUUGUCCUGAAAAUAAAAAAUAAACAUUCCAAGUGAAGUUGUUAAGCAGUAUUGAUAGUUUGCGUGUUGAGAAACUGUAGGGUCGUUAACGACCGUGUGUUAGUCGCUUUGUUGAACGACACUGUAAAAGCAUAUUAUGCACUGUGUAUACGGAUGAGAGAGAGUGUUUACUUGUUUGCUAGUUGACAGAUGUUGAAUUGAAAUAUUGUGGUAUUUAUUUA